CGGAAUGUGGCCGAAAGGCCUCUCUUCGCACAGGCAGUGUGCCAUGAGCGGCCUCUUGUGCCCCCACCUCGGGCUCUGCCUCUGGCUGUGGCUGGGUGUUGCCCUGGGACGCGGCCAGGGACAAGCGGGCAGCCACCUGAGGCUGGCAGUGCUGCCUGAGGACCGGCUGCAGAUGAAGUGGAGUGGGUCGGAGGGGAGCAGCCUCGGGUACCUGCUGCAGGUGAAGCCCAUGGCAGGGGACACGGAACAGGAGGUGAUGCUGACCACCAAGACCCCCAAGGCCACAGUGGGGGGCUUGAGCCCCUUCAAGGGCUACACCGUGCAGAUCUUCGAGCUCACCAGGUCAGGGAACAGCCUGCUGGCACAGAGGGAGUUUGUGAUUGCGGAUUUGAAGAGUCACUCUGUGAGCAGGAGCAGUCGGAAGCCACUGGAGGCAGGCAUGCAGCCCACGCCCUCCCACGGGGGGAGCCCAGACCCUGGGCCCCAAGUUGCCUGGUCCCCAAGCCAAGACCUGCCUACUCUUGCCAGCCCCCACUUCCGCUGCACACCCCCUACACCCGUGGACAUGAUCUUUCUGGUGGACGGGUCCUGGAGUAUUGGCCACAGUCAUUUCCAGCAGGUCAAAGAUUUCCUGGCCAGUGUCAUCGAGCCCUUUGAAAUUGGGCCAAAUAAAGUCCAAGUCGGCCUGACUCAGUACAGUGGAGACCCCCAGACUGAGUGGGACCUCAACGCCUUCCGCACCAAGGAGGUGGUGCUGGCAGCCGUCUACAGCCUCCGCUACAAAGGGGGAAACACAUUCACAGGCCUGGCCCUGACUCACGUGCGGGAGCAGAACCUGAAGCCCGGUGCGGGGCCCCGUCCAGAGGCGGCCAAGGUGGUGAUCCUAGUGACGGACGGCAAGUCCCAGGAUGAUGCCCGUGCUGCUGGCCGCAUCCUCAAGGACCUGGGUGUUGCCGUCUUUGCUGUGGGUGAGCAGCCCCCAGCUGUCGGCUGGGGUUCUCACAGCCGUUGGGGCAGUUUGCAAUCCCACUUCCCGCCCCGGGCUGGAGGUCCGGUGGUGUCUAUGCCACAGGGAGGACCUGUCCCUGCUCCGAGGAGCUGGGAGCACCCGCGGGCGCUCGGAGGGGGCACACAAUGUGGGGCUUCUGAGCAGAGCCCCGAGUUCACAGUGCAGUGUGUGAAUGGCCCCCUCGAGGUGUGUCCCACGCACGGUGCCGCAGGCGCCAGGCGCCCCCGUGACCUCAUUCCGCAGCAGAAUGUGGUGGGAUACGUGCUGGCCUUCCUCCGGCCCGCCCUCUCUGAGCUCCUGGGUGCUGCCUUCCUCACAGCACGCCGGAGCCCACCCUCCGACCUGGCCCUGGCUCCCGAGUCACCCAGCAGCCUGCGGGUCAGCUGGACGCCCCCAAGUGGCCAUGUCCUCCACUACCGGCUCACCUACAUGCUGGCCUCGGGCUCAGGACCCGAGAAGUCGAUCUCUGUUCCAGGACCCAGGAGCCACGUGACUCUGCCUGACCUGCUGGCAGCCACCAAAUACAGGGUCCUGGUCUCAGCAGUCUACGGAGCAGGGGAGAGUAUGGCAGUAUUUGCCAUAGGCCGGACGGCCUGCCCCACCCUCAGCCCCGAUGGCCCCCUCUCAGGCUUUGACCUCAUGGCGGCCUUCGGCCUGGUGGAGAAGGAGUACGCCUCCAUCCGCGGUGUUGCCAUGGAGCGCUCGGCGUUCGGCUGUGCCAGGACCUUCACGCUCUUCAAGGAUGCUCAGCUGACCCGCCGGGCCAGUGACCUCCAGCUGGCCGCCCCCCCGCCCGAGCAUACGGUGGUCUUCCUGCUGCGUGUGCUGCCUGAGACUCCCCGCGAGACCUUCGCGCUGUGGCAGAUGACGGCCGAGGACUUCCAGCCUGUCCUGGGGGUCCCGCUGGACGCUGGCAGGAAGUCUCUGACCUACUUCAACCACGACCCCAGGGCCACCUUGCAAGAGGUCACUUUUGACCUGCCUGAAGUGAGGAGGAUAUUCUUUGGAAGCUUCCAUAAGGUGCACGUGGCCGUGGGCCUCUCCAAGGUCAGGCUCUACGUGGACUGCUGGAAGGUGGCCGAGAGGCCCAUUGGGGAGGCGGGCAGCCCACCUGCCGCAGGUUUCGUGAUGCUGGGGAGGUUGGCCAAGGCCCGGGGCCCCCGGAGCAGCUCAGCCACAUUCCAGCUCCAGACAUUGCAGAUCGUGUGCAGCGACUCCUGGGCCGAGGAGGACAUGUGCUGCGAACUCCCCGUGGCGAAGGAUGGAGAGACCCGCCCUGCCUUCCCUUCUGCCUGCACCUGUUCCUCGCAGACCCCUGGGCCCCCCGGGCCCCAAGGACCUCCGGGCCUCCCUGGAAGGAACGGAGCCCCAGGAGAGCAGGGCUUCCCAGGGCCCAGGGGUCCGCCAGGGGUCAAAGGAGAGAAAGGGGACCAUGGGCUUCCGGGCUUGCAGGGCUAUCCCGGUCAGCAGGGUGCCCCCGGGAAGGUCGGCCUCCAGGGACCAAAGGGAAUGCGAGGCCUGGAGGGGAGCGCUGGCCUGCCUGGACCUCCUGGCCCGAGGGGCUUCCAAGGCAUGGCAGGAGCCAGGGGCACCAGCGGGGAGAGAGGACCCCCAGGGGCCGUAGGGCCCACAAAAAGAACAUCGGCGGCCGGGCCCAGUGCCAGGGACCCUCCCCGCGGCCACCGCACGUCUGCACCCGCUUAUGUAAGGACUGAAGUGCUUACAUCUGAAAUCCGUGUCCCGGCCCCUAUGCGGGGCCUGGAGCCCCCCACCCGCCACGCGGGCAUGGCUGCCCAGAUGGCGCCCUACGAGGCAGGUGGGGCAACAAUGCCCGGACUUAGACCCUCGGGUCUCUGCACCCUGCUCCUGGGCGUGAGGACCUUCCAGGCCCCAGUCGGGUCCGGUGUCACCGGUGCCCCAGGGGACAGGGAGGGCGAGGGUGUGGCUGCGGCCCUGGGGCUCACGCAGCCCAGCGUCACUGCCGACGGGGACCCGCGGUUGGGGCUGGCAGCAGCAAGGCCCCUCGGAUGCUUGGUCACCGUCUGCUCCCUCUCCUGA